AUGUCAUGAUGAGAUAAGAUGUCAUUAUUUAUUGACAUGAUGACACUUGGUAUCGGGUCGAUAGCAACACUUGCGGUAUCGCCCACUCCUCGUGCAAACUUGGGGGUGCUGUCUGCCUUGAGGCGGUGGGGGGCGUUCUGGCGUUCAGUCGCGGAGCAGAGGGUGUCCUCUACAAUUCAGUCCCAGCCCAGACAGGAAUCCAUCCAGGUCGGCUGGGUCUCCUCCGCUUCAACCGUGACGGCUGCGAGAUGCUCAACUUCCCGUAUGCGGCGUUCGCUGACCGUUAGAGACAACAUGGGAGACAACAAAUACAGUAGAAGACCAGCCAGUCCUCGGUGAUCGAAGGACGUAAACACUGCCAUGCCCUGCUUUCUGCGUCACCUCCAGGCUGCACGCUCCUCUCCAGGACACGAACGGGACCCCCUCCUCCACGGUGAAGUCCACGUGAUUAGGAACACCGUGUCCAGAUGUGAUCAUCUGCAGAUGGGAAGGCUCAUCGAGGCUGACUCUGCAUGACAGCGGGAUCGGGCCUGUUCUUACCACACGGUCUUCAUGGGGGGCAAGCAGACCAAGGGCCAGGAUGCCGGAGGAGCCAGUCCGCAGCACAGCUGGAGGCGGACCCCCACCAAGGAGCGAGGGGACCUGUUUGCGUCCCUCAUGCUGAAGUCGGGGGACAGGCUGAGUCGUGGUGGUACCCCGCCGCCUUAUCAGCGUCGCAUCGGGAUGAUCCAGGAGAUGAUGCUGAUGGCCAAGCAGGGCAAGCAUGAUGAGGCCACCGAGAUGCUGAGGACACUCAGACAGGACCUGGGCAUGGAGUCAACAUCUCUGGAUGAUGUAUUAUACCGUUACGCCAGCUUCAGGAACCUUGUUGACCCCAUCACACAUGACCUGAUCAUCAGUCUGGCACGCUAUGUACACUGUCCAAAGACGGAGAGAGAAUCUCUGGGGGCGAUGGAAAAAGUCUGUCGUCAGCUGACCUACCAUCUCAGCCCCCACUCUCAGUGGAGGAGACAAGGCCUCCUCAAGAGGAAACCUCAGGCCUGUCUGAAGGCAGUGUUGUCCACCCCUCCGUCCAGCGGUGCGUUGGAUCUGUCCGGUAUUCCUCUGGCUGCUCGUGACAUGGAGCGUCUGUGUGCACAUCUACAGCACCAUUCUUCCAUCGUGGUCAGCUUGGAGAUGGGGUUCACUGAGCUGACCGAUGAGGCCUUCCUCCUUCUCUUGCCCACUCUGGCCGCUCUGCCUCGGCUGGAGACGUUGGCACUGAACGGGAAUAGGCUGACCAGGACAAUUCUGAAGGAGCUCACUGAUGCCCUGAAGGAUCCAAGCAGUUUCCCAAGUGUGACAUGGAUUGACCUGGGCAACAACGUGGACAUCUUCUCCCUGCCACAACCAUUCCUGGUCAGCCUGAGGAAGCGCUGCCCCAAGCAAGGCAACCUCCCGACCAUCCUGGAGUUUGGAGAGAGUCAAGCCAGCGACCCCCCCGAAAGGCUGAGAGGCAUCGGGGAAGACGAGGAAACGGACGACACCAACAGGACCGAGAGCAUGGCCGAGCUGCCGUCUGAGGUCGAGGAGGAACUAGACGGUGAGCUGGAGAUAGAGGAGAUGAUGGAGGAGCUGCUGGACUUUGACCGGGAGGUGCGAGGGAAGGAGGAUGAAGAUGAGAGCAUGUGGACGGUCGAGGAGCAGAGGAAAGGGAGGAGGAGGACAGGGAAUGAAGAUGUGAAGAGGAAAGAGAGGACGAGCCAAAAGGCUGUCAUGGCAGAGGAUGAGGACGACACGCAGAGCCAAUCCUCUCAGUUGUCCUGCUCCACCCAGUCACAAAACUCCUCUGCUGCUGCCGAGCCAAUGAGAGCAGAGGAGGAGGGCUUUGAUCAUAGGACUGACCAUUCACAGCACCUUACCUGAGUGCUGGAAGCAGACAAGACUUGGACGAAUGUGAUUGAACCAGCUGACCCAAGGCGACAGACUAUUGGCUGCAGGACCAAGGGAUGGUAAUGCAUCAGGAAACCAUAGUAAAUAAGUACGCUUUUUAAUGGAACUCAUUCUCCUUUCUCGGGGAUAUGUCACAACCCUCUGUUAAUCCCUAUACAGUGAAACACGUUUAUGUCGACUAUUUUCUCCUAUAGGAAAUAAUGUAAAUCCAAUAUAUAUGUUCCAAAUUCACAAAUAUUAACACAAAAUAAAAUUUGUUAUGGUGGUCUAGUGGUUAGCGCGCAGACCUCACAGCUAGGAGACCAGGAUUCAAUUCCACCCUCGGCCAUCUCUGUGUGGAGUUUGCAUGUUCUGCCCGUGCGUGCGUGGGUUUUCUCCGGGUACUCCGGUUUCCUCCCACAUUCCAAAAACAUGCUAGGUUAAUUGGCGACUCCAAAUUGUCCAUAGGUAUGAAUGUGAGUGUGAAUGGUUGUUUGUCUAUAUGUGCCCUGUGAUUGGCUGGCCACCAGUCCAGGGUGUACCCCGCCUCACGCCCGAAGACAGCUGGGAUAGGCUCCAGUACCCCCGGCGACCCUCGUGAGAAUAAGUGGUAGAAAAUGAAUGAAUGAGGGCUGCACAGUGGAACGAGUGGUCAGGUAGCAUGCAGGCCUCACAGCUGGGAGACCCGAGUUCGAUUCCACGAUUGGAGUUUGCAUGUUCUCCCUGUGAAUGCGUGGGUUUUCUCCGGGUACUCCGGUUUCCUCCCACAUUCCAAAAACAUGCUAGGUUAAUUGGCGACUCCAAAUUGUAUGAAUGUGAGUGUGAAUGGACCCUCGGGAGGAAAAGCGGUAGAAAAUGAAUGAAUGAAUGAAUGAAAAUUUGUUAUGUGCAGAUAACAAUGUAAAAAUAAUUCUAAAUUACAAGCAAAAUGAUCAUCUUUACCUUUAUUAUAGGCUUCUUGCGGAGGAGACACCAUCUUUGUAGUCUUUCUUGAAUUCAACAGUGUUUUUCACCUUCUUUAUCAAAUUGCUGCCACUCGCAACUUUCUUUGACUCCAUGGCGGGUUAUUUCGUUAAUAGUUACAACGAUUAUGUCAUUAUAUUCUGUCUAUUCAACCUACCGCAAAAAAUAUGGACUAUCACUAUCUUCCAACAUCAAAUACGUAUUUCCCCCCACUGUAUGUUGGCGUCUAUAUAUUAAGACAACAAAUGUCUUUAAGAAACAUCAUAAUCUGGGCUUCAGGCUUAGUUUGUAUUGUGCAUUCUCUCGUCAGCCUCCGUCUACAACACAAUAAUGAUAUCUAAUGAAGCCAUCGCUUUGCACUUGAUGAGCCUAAUGAGGUCUUGAAUUGUUAAUGGUGAUUGUAUUGUUACCCAGUACCGGUUUAAUGCAAGUAUAAGCUGCUAGAGGGUACCUACACUUGACUUAUAGACCGUAAAUAAAGUGUGUGAGGUGCUCACUUUUCAUUCAUUCAUUAUUCAUUUUACAGAAUCCGAUGACAGCUGUUUACAAUUCAUGAUCAAAUAUUUAGUGUCAAUAUAAUCAGGAAUAUUAUGUCCUAUAUAAUAUGUAGCUGAGAGUCACCAAAGGUCUGGCGAGUUGACCAGAGUGUAUUGACAUUGCUGUUGUGGUUUGUGUGUUUUGUACAAAGUGCUAUCCCACGGUCAUACACUCCAACUGAAAUAUCUCAGUUAUGAAGCAAAGAUUCUUCCCUUUAAACAACAUUAAACAUAAUCCAUGCAAGCAUUUCUAUUCCAUACUGUCCAGUUGGGGACAAUUUAAUCCCAAUCACGCCUUUUAAAGCACCCUUUUACCACUGAGGCCCGCGUACAGAAAUGUCAUUUUGAUGUAUUUUUUUUAUUAUGAAAAGGCUAAUGCUACAUAUGUAUAUGCUAAAAAGUUCAUAAUGCACCCACCUUAGGAUAUUACAAAUGUUAUGUUUACCUUACAGCACGAAUGUCCAGUGGUUAGCAUGCUGGCCACAUCGCCAGGAGAACUGGGAAAUCUGGGAUUGUCGCUCUGUUUGGGCAUCUCUGUAUGGGAUUUGCAUGUUUUUUCCCGGUACUCCGGCAUCCGCCCUCAUUCCAAACCUAUGCAUGUUAGGUUAAUUCUAAAAUGCCCAUAGGUAUGAAUGUGAGUGUGAUUGGUUGAUUGUGCCCCAGGGUGUACCCUACCAUUCUUCACCUGGAACGCCCCCUUGCACCUGUAAAACGAAAUGUUCACUACUUGGUUCAUAUCUGUCAGUAUGAAUGAUGUUUUUUUCCAUACAUAGAAUUAUAGGACUAUCCAUCCAUCUCACUGCAGUAACGGGUAUGCUGGAGCCUAUCCCAGCUGACUUCGGGUACACCCUGGACUGGUGGCCAACCAAUUGCAGGGUCACAGUGUGACUUAUACUAUGGAACAUACGCUACAUAACAAUAAAUGUGAAGUCGUGUAUUCCGUGUGAAACACAAAAAUUCCAAAGUAAUCAUGAAAAAGCCUUUUACCCAGCAUGGAGACUCUGUUCUCAGGUUACAACGAUUAUGUCAUUUUGCCUUUUUUGCGACUGUCAAUCAAAGACAGACUUGGUCAGCAUUCCAGUGGAAUUGACAAAUGUAAUUAUUCAUGUGUAUGUAUCAUUAGUAUUAUUAAUAUUAUUAUUAUUAUUGGUCCCUAGGGGAAGUACUGUUAGAGUAACAGUCCUGAGCACUUUUGGGGUUGAACCCGAACUCUAUAGCAGCUAGUCCCCCCAUCCCGAGCAGGUCCAAAAGCUUCCAGAAUAAGACAACGCCACGCAAAGUGGUCUCAAGGUUAUUGUUUCUAUGUUCACCAGUUCUUACAUAUCAAAUGGCUGUUUUUCUACCAUGCGACUCUCUCUUCUGGCUAUAUUUUCAACUACAGACUCAUUUCUAGAAUUUUUUGUUCCUUUCCUCCUGCAGGGCACUCACAAAAAUGCAUGAAAACUUCACUUUGUGUUCAUCACCACACAGCCAAAAUGACUGGACUACAUUUUCCCAUUACAUUUUCUUCAGUGUGCUUUCCAAUAGGUCUGGAAUAUAUGCCUUUUUCUCUGUCAUUCACAUUAAACAUCAACUGGAAGUGACAUUAUGUGCUCUUUUAAUGGACUAAAUUCCAAUAAAUCAUGUGACAAAAAAAAAAUA